AUGCAGAGAGGAGUGGAUAAGCCGGUGGAAGACAUCAACAAGAUCAAGUCCAACCCGCAGGGCGGCAAGGCGUUCGGGCGGCAGCUCAAGGUGCAGGAGAGCGACCUGGACAGGAUCGGCGCCGAGUUCAAGCGGCACAACACGCACGUCGAAGAUGAGCUUCUGGAGAAGUACAAGCAGAAGUUCAUGCUCUACGACCGCAACCACAACGGCGAGCUGGGCCUGGACGAGGUCAAGUUCAUGAUGGAGAAGCUGGGCCAGCCCAAGACCCACCUCGAGCUCAAGAAGAUGAUUGCGCAGGUUGACAAGACAGGCUCUGGCACCAUCGAGUACGUCGAGUUUUUGGAGAUGAUGUUUGGCAAGAGCAACAGCAUCCUGCGCACCAUCCUCAUGUUCGAAGACAUGGCCAAGGAGAAGGAAGCGCCCAAGGGGCUCCCUCCGCGCCGCUCCCUCGCUGACCUCCCCUGA